CAACAGACAAAAAAUAUUUGAAUUUUGGAAUUUUGAUCUAUUUUCAUUUGAAUAAUUAAUAAUUAAAUCAUUUCUUUAUUUUUAAUUGUAAUGCUGUGAACUAUUUCAGUCAUUGUUUUGUUAUUAUUUAGGCAACCUCAAAUGGCUGAUAAAAAGAAAAAACUGGAGACUUCCUCUGUGGCCCGACGUCCAGUUAUUCUGAAAUCUGAUCGUGAUGGGCCAAAGGAUCAGUCCAAAGAGAAAAAUGAAAAAGAGAAACCUCCUACCAUUAUACUCAAGACCCGUGAACAGAGUACCCCUAAAGAAGAUCGGCCAGUGAGCCCCCGGUCUCAAAGCACAGAUGCUGAAGGCCCUCAACCUUCUAAAAUAGCUCAAAAUGAAAAUAAGGAAAGAAAAGAACAAAAGUUCAAGUUGAUGAAGGAGCCUGUAAAGUUAUUGGAUGAAAAUUUAGAGUUCAACAGUGCAGCUUUUGAGUUUCUCAAUGACUCUAACAGUAAUUACUUGGUUGUUGGUGUUUUAGGAACUCAAGGUGUUGGUAAAUCGCUGGUACUAAAUCUCAUAGCCCAAAACAUAUCUAUAAAUGAUCUCCAUGCACAAAUACUAAAUUAUACAUCAGAAUCUGAAUCAACAUAUGAAUCACACAAUUUGACUCAAAUAGUAUCUCAAAUAGAGGAAUUGAGUUUUGCAGACGCACCAGAACAAAAAACCAGUGACAAGAAUGCAUUCAAGUUUAAAAUGGAGGAUAUUGAAUGCAUAGAAAGAGGCGUUCAUUGUACUAAAGGUAUAGAUAUGUAUGUGACAAACGACCGGGUGAUACUUCUAGACUGUCAAGCGUUGUGGUCACCUUCUCUGAUAGAAGAGACGAGCACAAACCCAGUGACGGCCAGAAGUGCGAACAUUGUCACUGUGGAUUGUCUACAAAUUGCUUCUUACCUUAUGGCCGUAUGUCAUGUCUUGAUUGCAGUGCAAGAUUGGUUUGCGGACUAUAAUUUUAUAAGGUACAUACAAACAGCCGAGAUGUUGAAACCAUCUCUGUCCGCAUCCAACUCGGCCAAUACAAACCAAGAAGGCUCGGAGUACAACAACACUAUCGAAAGUCAUCCACAUCUGUUGCUGCUCCACAAUAGAUGCCAACUAGAAGACUACACACCAGAUGCGGUAUACACUAUGCAGGAUUUGUAUCGGAAUGCAUUCCAGAAAUCUAACCUGCAGCUAAACUCUGGGAUGUAUAUGUACAGUGAUAGUAACAAGAAUGGCCUGAACAUUGACAACAUAUGUAAGGGGUACAACGUGAACUCCUGCGGGUCGCCAUUGAAUUUGUUCCUCCUGCCAGAGUUUUAUAGUGAUAUUGAUAAUCGAGAUAUUUACCGAGGCCAUCCACCAUUCGACGAACUCGCCAAACGUCUCCGAUGGAUGGUGUUAGGAGUCAACCGACAUCAAAUAACCACAGUACCAAACCUGUCCGAGAAGGGCUGGUUCCAAUUCUGCAGCAAAGCCUGGGAGACUAUCCGAAAAUGUCCAUUCUUUAUAGAGUAUGAACGAUUUUUACCCUAGCAUAAGAAUUUUUCAAAGAAAUAAACACGUAAGUACAUUAAACAA